AUGAACACUUAUAAAAAAGCAUCCCAAGAGUUAGCAGAACCGGAAAAGAUUGUAUCACCAAGUCAUCAGUUUAUAAUGUUUUACAAGAACAUCGCGAAAAUAAUGGUGAAUUUAGACCAGCAAAAGCAUACCAUAGAGGAAACAAAGUUCUCAGCAAUUGUUCACAGUUUCUUCUUGGAUAAUGAGCUUCCAACAAUCCAAAAAAUUCUUCAGAAAAUUUCUGAAAAUCCUCACAUCCCUAAUCUAAAGAAGACUACUUUGGGAAAAGUAUUGAAAUCAAUUAAUUUUCGCUUUAAAAAAAGAUGCCGAAAUAGUGUCCUAAAGGAAAAAAAUGAGAUUAUAUCGUGGAGGCGUCGAUACUUGCGAUGUAUAAAGCAGUAUAAACAGGAAAAUCGAAGUAUCUUCUACCUGGAUGAGACUUAUGUCAACGUUGGCCAUACUGUUGACAAAGUUUGGAGAGAUAUGUCAAUUACCAGUGCUCGACAAGCGCAUGUGGAAGGCCUAUCUACAGGACUUAAGCAUUCUUCGGGAAAAGGAAAAAUACUCAUUGUCUUACAUAUCGGUUCCAAAGAUGGGUUUGUCGAUAAUGGAUUGCUAUUGUUCGAGUCUAAGAAAACUGGUGACUAUCACGAAGAUAUGAAUUCAGAUGUUUUCGAACAGUGGUUACAAAGAAUUCUACCACCUUUACCUCAAAAUGCUGUUAUUGUCUUAGACAAUGCACCAUACCAUAGUAGGAAAUACGAAAAAAUGCCAACCAGUGCCACGCGGAAGGCUGAUAUUCAAAGUUGGUUACGAUAA